AUGGAAUUAAAACAAACUUUGGAAGAACAUGAAACCAGAUUCACAAAACUGGAAUAUGACGUUUCACUAAUCAAAGAAGAGAAAGACAAGAACGCUAAUAUUUUGCAGAAUCCGGUAAAUACACAAGUAUCCAUUUCUGACGAUACUCCCGAAAUAAAUUCUGAUAUAUACGAGGAUUUAGUAAUCCCCACAUCUCCUAUUCCUGCAGAAGCCAUAUCAUUGGAAGAGAAGGAAAAAAAUAAAUUUCUGAAUUUGCGGUAUAAGGAACAGGUUGGUAAAGAGAUAAUGGAGAGAAUUAGGGAAAAGAAAUGA